GAGCGGCAGCAGAGCGCAGAGCGCGCCGCGAGUGACGUCAGGCGAAGAAGAAACUGUUUACAUCAGUGUUUUGAAACCAUUAGCGUGAGCAUCGACAGUGUGAUUUAAGACAUGAUUUGUCAUUUAAACUCUGAAACACCGACAUGAGCGACACGACGGAGAGCCGAGAGUCUUCGGCGGCGAUGAAGAGAGCUGAGAACAGUGAGCAAACACCAGCGGUGGAGAAGAGAGGGCCGUAUAUCAUGUCCAAAGCUCCUGCUUUCCAGAAGCACAGAGACACAGCCAGAAGAGCUCUUCAGAAGAGAGGACUGCUUCAUCAGACACGACACAAACCAAAGACUGUGAAGUUCAAGAAGGGCUACGCUGCUCUGAGUCAGACAGGAGAGGAUUCAGACAGUGACGUGGAGUUGGACUGUUCUUCUGGAUAUUCCUCAGCAGAGGUGCAUCCAGACCUGAGCAGGCAGCUGUUGAAGGAUGGAUAUCACCUGGAUGAAAUCCCUGAUGACGAGGAUCUGGACCUGAUUCCUCCGAAAGCCCUGAGCUCGUCCGUCUGCGGCUGCUGCUGCUGUGUGCAGUGAUGCUCUGUGAAUGGAGCUCUUACAGAGUUUUUAGGAGCACAGACUGGUCUUCUCUGUCGUGGUUUAAGCUCAGUCUCGUUACUAGAAUUGCACUUCGUGACCAAACUCCCAAACACUUUGGUUUUGAGCUGCGUGUGAAUCAGAGCCAUGAUUUACUCCCAUCUCUGCUGCUGUCUGCAUCUCC